AUGAGAUUCACUUAUGUUAGGGUAGGGUGGGAGGGUAGCGCACAUGAUUCUAGGAUCCUACGAAAUGUUUUACUUGAUCCUAAUUGUGUCUUUCCAAUGCCACCAGCAGGAAAGUAUUAUGCGGUGGACACGGCAUACACAAAUAUGUCAAGAUUUAUGGCUCCCUUUAGGAGUGCACGGGGAAUCCCACAAGAGCGGGCAACAAGAGCACUUUUCAACAAACGCCAUGCAUUGGUAAGAAACACUAUAGAACGCACGUUUGGUGUCUUGAAGAAGCGAUUUCCGAUAUUUAAGGGUCCCAUGCAGAACUGUUUGAUGGCAACACAAAAUAAUAUUGUCCUUGCUUGUUGUGCCUUGCACAACUUCAUGCGCGAUCAUGUUCCCAAUGACGCAUAUUUUGUUAAACAAGAAACUGAUGCAACAUUGGCAGAUAAUAUAAAUCAGGGCAAUCAAAUGGCCGGAGCACAACCACUGGAUAUGUCGGCUCAAAGAAUUGCUGGCUGGAAUGAAGAUAGGAGAGCAAUGGCCGAUCACAUGUACUAUCACCAACAUCUAUAG